AAAAAAAUUAAAUCGGCUGAUUACUCUACUCCCUUUGCUCCAGCACAAAUGGCAGAGUAAGCAGAGCAAUGAUCUUAUUGAUCAGAGUGAAGUACUCCUGCAUAAAAACAACAUAGAUUUUGUGCUCGGCUUCAACGAACACCCAUAAAAUACUCCGAUUGAGUUGGAUUACGUCAAGCAGACACAACGAACAGGACUAAAAACCAAUAUGGGACUCCCACGUUAAGAUGUCCUUCCACAUCUGCAAAUAACAGUGGUCAUGGUCAAGGUCAACGGUUUUACUCCCACUUCUAUCAUCAACCAAUAUAUUUAACAAACGGUUAAUAAAAUUUAAAAUAGUUAUACUUUGUCGUUUAAGUGAAGUUGUUCAAUUUUUUUUCUAAACAGUCACUAUUUACUAAAAUGCAAAACCAAAAAGAAAUGUGUUUAGAUCUACCUGUAUUAGACAGAAAAAGUGUUAACAGUAUUGCCUGGGCUAAAAAUAUGUGGGCCGUCUUAGAAGAAAGUCUGAACAAAACGUUUUUGUACUGGUGUCAGAUAGUAUUAAAAAUAGGUGAAAAUGAGGACGUCAUAAAAGAAUGGGCGGACGUUUUUAUAAAAGCCUAUGAAGAGACGUCUUAUGAGUUGCUUACGGACAUGGAAAGGGUGCAAGGUGAUGUUUUAUCAAAAUUUGAAAAACUGUUACAGGAAUUUGAACAACUGUGCCAGACCUUGCAAGUCAACAUGCCGGUAUUGGGUGAUAAAACUCAGCGGCUUAGUUUGCUUCAAGAACAAGAGCAGCUAAUAAAAUAUAUAGAUAAAUAUAAAAAUUUGAUUCAAGUAAGACGUACUGAGCUAGAUAAGUUGCGUAAAAAACAAUCAGAUCUAUGCCUUUGUCUCGGAAUACAGCCAAGAAUAUUGAAGGAUGAUCCUCUUCCUUCAUGUGAAGAAGUCGCAAAAUUUCAGGAUUACAUAGAAAAAUUAGAAACAGAGAAAUUUAACAGAUUAGAAAAAUUUUGCUUGAUAAAAGAAGAAUUGCUCAAAAUAACUAGGGAGCUGAACAUAGAACCUUCUUCUCUAUUCGAAAAAGAAGUAUUUUCUCCAGAUAAUACAACAUUUUUGGUAACGGAUGAGAAUAUGAUUAAACUUGACACCCUUCGGGAGAUGCUGAUCAAAGAACAGAAAGAUGUCAGAGCUGAAAUCGCUCGUUCACGUAUUAAGGUCAAUGAAUAUUGGACUCUUCUUGAUGUCGAUCAGAUAGAGAGAGAAUAUUUUGAACAGAAUUAUAGUGGUAAUUCAGUCGAUGUUCUACAAGCUUUACGUACAGAGAUUAAACGUUGUAAGGAUUUGAGGAGAGCUAAUAUAAAGGUGUUCGUUGAUAAACAACGCUGCGAAUUGGAAAAACUCUGGGAUAGGUGCCAUCGCAGCCAAACUACAGAAACAGAAUGUACCUUCCUCCAAGCAGAUUGUUAUACUGAGGACUUGUUAGAACGUUACGACAUUGAAGUUACAAAGUGGAGAAAAUAUUAUGAAGAGAAUAAGGAGUUGUUAACGCUACUGGAAAAACACAAGCGCAUGUGGAACAAAAUGGUUCAAUUAGACGAGACUACCGCUGGACCCAAUCGUUACAAUAACAGAGGCGGUCAGUUGCUAAAGGAAGAGAAAGAACGAAAUAAAUUGGCUAAGCAAAUCCCUCAAAUUGAGAAUACGCUUAACAGCAUGGCAGAUAAUUAUAAACGACAACAUAAUGAUUCUUUUACGACUUAUGGGAUGACCGUCUCUAAAUAUUUAGCUAAUUUACAUGAUGAAAAAGAAAAUGCAAGAAAGCAAAAGCUUAGCGCGAGGAAGUUGCAGCGGGAACAACACAUAUCUCCCUUAAAGUCUGCUGUGAAUCUUUUUCCUCAAACAAGCACCCCUUCGUCCAGUACAAAGAGAAAAUUCACCACACCAGAGACAGAUAAAGUGAAAAAGAAAGUCUUGAGUGAGGGAAAGAACAAUAAGAUCAGCAAAACUGCUACCAAUACAAUUACAAUGUCUGACCGCAGCAAGCGCCUCUCUGUUGAAAGGAAAAAACGCAUUGAUAAAAUCAGACGAUUGAGUUCUAAAAAAGAAAAGGCUAAAAUCAACCGCCACGAAAGUAGUUCAACUGAUUAUGGAGAAUUUCAGAUUGACUUGACCAAUAGAACUGACAGUCGAAGCACAUUAAUUCCAUCAGAGAUGGCACCAUCAACUCCAUUCAGGACAUUUCUUUACGGUAUUCCCACAAUUUUAAUUACCAGCCCAAGAACGCCCAGAGAUAAAACUCCUACAAAUUUAAAACUUGGGUGAAAAAAAACUCGCUCAGUACAAAAACUUUAACUCUUAUUUUAAAUUAUUUUUUUAUAUUUUAUAUUUUUACUUAACUAUGUCAUAAAGUGUUAGUAUUAUU